GCUUUAGGGAUCAGCCAUGGCCGCCUCGCAGAAGCUGGUGGAGCAGCUGCGGCGCCGCGUCCGAGAGCUGGAGGAAGAGCUGGCCCGGGGGGAAGGAGGCGGGCAAGGCCGGCGGGCGAGGAUCGAGCAGAUGAGCCCGGAGGUGACCGACUCCAACCCGUACAGUCGCCUGAUGGCGCUGAAAAGAAUGGGAAUUGUGAAAGACUAUGAGAAAAUCCGCUCCUUUGCAGUCGCGGUGGUGGGUGUUGGUGGAGUUGGCAGCGUAACUGCUGAGAUGCUGACAAGAUGUGGCAUUGGUAAGCUGCUCCUGUUUGAUUAUGAUAAGGUGGAGCUGGCCAAUAUGAACAGGCUCUUUUUCCAACCCCACCAAGCUGGACUGAGUAAAGUGCAAGCAGCAGAGCACACUUUGAGGAAUAUCAACCCCGAUGUGCAGUUCGAAGUACAUAACUACAACAUCACAACUGUGGACAACUUUCAACAUUUUAUGGACAGGAUCAGUAAUGGAGGUUUAGAAGAAGGGAAGCCUGUUGAUCUUGUAUUGAGCUGCGUGGAUAAUUUUGAAGCACGCAUGGCAAUUAACACGGCUUGUAAUGAGCUUGGACAAAUAUGGAUGGAAUCUGGAGUGAGCGAAAAUGCUGUCUCUGGCCAUAUCCAACUCAUCAUCCCUGGUGAAUCGGCAUGUUUUGCGUGUGCACCUCCACUUGUCGUAGCAGCAAAUAUAGAUGAGAAAACGCUCAAACGGGAGGGAGUUUGUGCUGCCAGCCUUCCCACCACUAUGGGAGUGGUCGCCGGUCUUCUUGUUCAAAACGUCCUGAAAUAUUUACUGAAUUUUGGCACGGUGAGCUUUUACCUUGGCUAUAAUGCAAUGCAGGAUUUCUUUCCCUCCAUGACGAUGAAGCCAAAUCCACAGUGCGAUGACAAAAACUGUAGACACCAGCAGGAAGAGUACAAGAAAAAAGCAGCAGAAAAUCCUAAAGUAGAAGUAAUUGAACAGGAAGAAGAAAUAGUUCAUGAAGAGAAUGAUUGGGGGAUAGAGUUGGUAUCGGAGGUUUCAGAGGAAGAAUUAAAAGCUGCUUCGGGUCCAGUUCUCGAUCUUCCAGAAGGGAUCACAAUGGCAUACACAAUACCAAACAAGGUGGAAGAGAACGCUGUUACUGGGGAAACUGUUCCGGAAUCUGAAGAAAGUCUAGAAGAACUUAUGGCUAAGAUGAAGAGCAUCUAGCAAAAAGAACACUUCGAGAUUACUGUAAUUUCAGCAGCCAGUGAUGUGUUUCGUAACAUAUUUAGUCUUUCAUGAAUAGUGUGUUGUCAUGUUGUCUUUUUGUUAAUUAUGUAAAGACUUUACAGAGGGUAUGAGGGUCCAGUGAAAACCAAGGCAAGCUGACAGGUUAAAUAUACAGUAUAACACAAUGCCAAGCUGCCUUUUAAACCCAGUUCAGGUGAGAGUAAAUUUGUUGAGCAUAAUCAGUUCCUCCUUAUGGUGCCUGGAUUGGAAAAGUAUCUAAAAUAGUAACACUUGAUCUGCUUAAGCUUAUAGUUAGACGAAUGAAAAGCUAUACGAUAUAGAGAGAGAGCCUUGUCUAAAAAAUAAUUAUUA